AUGACUAAUAACGCAGUAAACAACUAUAGAUAUGAUAAUAUGAAAAAUCUUGAUGCAUUCGAAGAUAACGUUUGUAUCGUAGGUGCCGGUGUCAUUGGUUUAACAAUUGGAUAUCAAUUACUAUCAAAAUUGUCAGAAACAACUACCAAUGACAAAAACAAAAAGAAGUUUAAGUUGAAGCAAUUGACUAUUAUUGCUAGUAAUUUCCCGAAGGACUCACCAAUAUCUCAUCAUUACACAUCACCAUGGGCUGGUGCACAUUUCAGACCAUUCCCACAUAGACCUGAAACUUUCCAACAAGAUCAACGAGAAUCCAAUUACACAAGAAUUACAUAUGGGUUUUUCCAAGAACUAGUUAAAAAUCAUCCUGAAUCAACAAUUGAAUUUAUGAAAGGGGUUGAUUGGUUAGAAAACCCACCAUUAGAAUAUUCUAAGUUCGGUCCCGGUUAUUGUAACACACCAACUUCCAAAUUAGAAUUCAAGCCUAUCCCAAAGGAUCAAUUACCAAGAGGGGUUACCUUUGGUGCGGAGUAUUUAACCUAUUGUUUAAAUGCACCAAAAUAUCUUUUGUUCUUACAAAAUCAAAUGGAAUCAAUAGCGAAGAAGUUAGGUAUUAAGAUAGAAUGGAUCCGUCCUGAUGAUCCAUUAAAGUCUUUAAAGGAAUUAAGAGAGAAAUAUUUAUUGCCUAUGUCCCUUGACACAAAUGUCAUAUUCAAUGCUACCGGUCAAGGGCUUCAAUAUAUCAAUGACUGCAACUCGACAAUAAUGUAUGAUCCAAAAUCCUAUCCAAUAAGGGGUCAAACAUUAUUAUUGAACGUUCCAAAUCCCAAUCAUAUAAAAUUUGCAAAAAAGACUAUAACCCAUCAAAGUGCAGAUGGAUUAUGGACAUUCGUUAUUAAGAGACCAAGUAAUGAUCCAGAAAUGGAAGCGCCACAAUAUAUUCUUGGUGGUACAAAACAACCAAAUGUUAAUGAUGUUGAUAUUAGCGAGGGUGAUACAAAGGCUUUACUGGAAAGAGCUAGAGUAUUGUUUCCUGAAUUACUAUUUCCCAAUGAUGAAUUUGACAUUGUCAAGGUUAAUGUUGGUUUAAGACCAGCAAGAGAAGGUGGGAGUAGGAUUGUAUUGGAGACUAUCCCUACCCAUGAUGGCAGUUCAAAUUUGAAGAUUUGUCAUGCAUAUGGUUUAGGAGGGAUGGGAUACGAGACAUCCAUAGGUGUUGCCAGGCAUGCCCUCAGUCUCAUCAGUUAG